CCCAGAGUCUAGGGAUGGAGAGAGCACAGAAUUGAAAGCUUUCUUCAUCCUGAAUUUUUAAGGAUUGCAUGUGUGAGCUAAGUAAGCUGAUUUUUGAUAACUUCUUUAAACACUGGCAACUAAGAAGGUGUAAGAAUUACGGAGUUGCUGACAAUUCAGUAUGAAGGACAAUUUCAGUUUUGCCGCCACCAGCAGAAACAUCACCAGCAGCCUUCCUUUUGUUAAUCUCAACAUGUCUGGCACUAAUGAUCUCAUCUUUAAUUGCUCACAUAAACCAUCAGAUAAGCAUUUGGAAGCAAUUCCUGUUCUCUACUACCUUAUUUUUGUGAUUGGUUUUGCUGUUAAUAUCAUUGUGGUCUCACUGUUUUGUUGUCAAAAAGGUCCUAAAAAGGUUUCUAGCAUUUAUAUCUUCAAUCUGGCUGUGGCUGACUUACUCCUUUUGGCUACCCUCCCUCUCUGGGCAACCUAUUACUCUUACAGAUAUGACUGGCUCUUUGGACCUGUGAUGUGCAAAGUGUUUGGUUCUUUUCUGACCCUGAACAUGUUUGCGAGUAUUUUUUUUAUUACCUGCAUGAGUGUUGAUAGGUACCAAUCAGUUAUCUACCCUUUUCUGUCUCAAAGAAGGAAUCCCUGGCAAGCAUCUUAUGUAGUCCCCCUUGUUUGGUGUAUGGCUUGUCUGUCCUCAUUGCCAACAUUUUACUUCCGAGAUGUCAGAACCAUUGAAUACUUAGGUGUGAAUGCUUGUGUUAUGGCUUUCCCACCAGAGAAAUAUGCCCAGUGGUCUGCUGGGAUUGCCUUGAUGAAAAAUGUCCUUGGAUUUAUUAUUCCUUUGAUAUUCAUAGCAACAUGUUACUUUGGAAUCAGAAAACAUCUGCUGAAGACCAAUAGCUAUGGGAAGAAUAGAAUAACCAGGGACCAAGUCCUGAAGAUGGCAGCUGCUGUAGUGUUGGCAUUCAUCAUUUGCUGGCUUCCCUUUCAUGUUCUGACCUUCUUGGAUGCUCUGUCCUGGAUGGGUAUCAUUAAUAGCUGUGAAGUUAUGGCCGUCAUUGACCUGGCACUUCCUUUUGCCAUCCUCCUGGGAUUCACCAACAGCUGUGUUAAUCCCUUUCUGUAUUGUUUCGUUGGAAACCGCUUCCAACAGAAGCUCCGCAGUAUGUUCAGGGUUCCCAUUACUUGGCUCCAAGGCAAGAGAGAGACUAUGUCUUGCCGAAAAAGCAGUUCUCUUAGAGAAAUGGACACCUUUGUGUCUUAAAUUUGUUAGUCGGAUACAUGUGAUAAGCCUAGCGAAUGGCUUGGAGGCCCACACUUAUGAUCUUUAAAUGGCAUCAGUAUAACAAUUUUUUGCCUUAUCUAAUCUUUACUUGCUCCCCAGAACAGAAAUUCAAUUAUAACUGUAAAUUUUUAUACUUCAUCAACUUUCAGUGAUUGUGCCUUGUUUCUCUUGUCCCUUAGCUUGGAAUUGUCAUAGGUGAGCAAUAUCUGUAAUCUAGAAGUGACUGGGGAUGUUAUCUCAAAUUAUAAUUAACAAAUUAUGGGGGUGAUUUGGCAUUUCAGAUUUCUCCCUGGAAAAUGCUGGCAUUUCUUAGUGGAGUUUUAUGUCCAUUUUCACCAGAUUUUUCUUUUCUCUUGACUAAGGGCCAAAUUUAACCUCUUACUCUAACCAGCAUAUCCAGGUGAACACUAAGCUUAGCAUGAUAUACUCUUCUAUAUAUACCAUAGGUUAGUAGUCUCAGUAUGUAGUUCCUCCUUCUAAAGAAAUUGUUAAGUUGUAUUCCUUUUCUAUUUCACUUGAGUAUAGCCUUGUACUUACUACAUACUGAAUAGGCUAUAUACUGAAUAGGUCUAGAAUGUAGAUUAAAUCGCACUUCUUUAUUUUAGCUUAUUCUUGCAGUUAUAGAAAGUACAGUAUUUAGUAAAACAGAACUGCAAUGAAAAUUUUAUUACCCUCUAAACUGAAUACAUACAUUGAAAACUUUUAAUCCAUUUGACUAGUCAAAGAUUUCUAUUCUCCUUAGAUAAUUUUUGAAUACUACAACAAAACACUGUGUAUUAUUACACUACGUAAACGUCACUUUUUACAUUUUUAACCUUUUGAAUGUGCUGUUUUGAUAUAUUCAGUGGUGACUUGAAUUUAAUUAUUCAUGCUUUUGUUCUGGGCUGUGUCCCAAAAUAUCUCUUUGACCCUGAAAAAGAGAGGAUUCUUUAAUUCUUUAACUUUAUAAUAAACUGCAAACUGGAAUAGGAAAAAGUAAUGUCAGAAUGAAAUUUUGAUGAUGCCUUCUUGGCAGCAAUGAGACCUAGCAAACUGCAAGUUUGGUGUCCAGCAAGGAACUUGUCAGAACAAAGAUCCCCUAAGGAGUAGUUUGAACCUGCAUUUCUGGGCACAGUUCCAGAAUGUAUAAGAGUCUGUGAAGGUGAUUUAAAUCAAGCACAGAUCCACAGAGCUCAUUUUCAAUACAAGUACAUCUCUAACAUUAGAGAAAUAUAGUACCUGAAACUGAGUUACCUAAUAUUUACUCAAUCUUGAGAAUGAAUAUUAUCUCUGAAGUUCAAAAUUUCAUUCUCGUCAUGCCCCAUAUUAUACCAGGUCACAUAAGAUGAUCCUGGACCAAUGCUGAACUAUGAGGUAGAUUUAAAGUUUUGAGGACUUAACAUUUUUGUCAGAUUACUGGUUUUUAGGUUGAAGAAUCCUCUCAUACAUCUUCCUGAGAAAUUCCUUAUCUCAUGUAUUCAUGUAUUUUUUUCAGUAAAAAAUAUAUAUCUAAAUGUAUAAUCAAUUAUGGCUUCAUGUUUUAAGUAAUUUUAUACAACA